CCCUGUGAUCAACCACCUGCACAGUCCAUCAGAGCAGCUCGCCACGGCGGCGCACCCGCGCCAGUUCGCCACCGCGUCGUGAGAAGAAAAGAAAAACCGGCCUCGCUCUUUCGGGCGAGCGUUUUUCCCCGCAUGCAUCACCAGCUCAAACCGCCCGAGGCCGCCACGCUCCCGCGCCACCUCCUCGAAGCCCACGUCGUGUGGCUGGUCCGCCAAUGCCGCAGCCUCCGCGCGCUCCGCGGCGCCCACGCGCGCCUUCUCAGGCUCCGCCUCCCACGCCUCACCCACGCACUCGCGCUCUCCAAGCUGCUCGCCUCCUGCGCCGCCUCAGCCCCGACCGCCGCGGCGGCCUCGUACGCGCGCAGCCUGUUCGACCAAAUCCCCGAGCCGACCGCCUUCUGCUACAACUCCCUCAUCCGCGCGCUCGCCACCCCCAGCAACCCCACCGCGGACGCCUUCCUGCUGUACCGCCGCAUGCUGCGCGCGGGCUCCCCAUCCCCCAACAGCUUCACCGUCGCGUUCGCGCUCAAGGCGUGCGCCACCGUGCCGGCUCUCGGCGAGGGCCGGCAGCUGCACUCACAGGCUUUCCGCCAGGGGCUGGAACCGAGCCCGUACGUGCAGACCGGGCUGCUCAACCUCUAUGCCAGGUGUGAGGAAGUUGCACUAGCCAAGAGCGUGUUUGACGGCAUGGCCGAGGACAGGAAUCUGGUCGCGUGGAGCUCCAUGAUCGGCGGGUACUCCAGAGUGGGGAUGGUUAACGAAGCGUUGGACCUGUUUCGGGACAUGCAGGCUGCUGGGGUGAACCCGGAUGAGGUCACAAUGGUUAGCGUAAUCUCGGCAUGCGCCAAGGCGGGCGCUCUUGAUUUGGGCAGGUGGGUCCAUGCUUUUAUAGAUAGGAAGGGGAUCACGGUCGAUCUUGAGCUGAGCACCGCGUUGAUUGACAUGUAUGCAAAGUGCGGUUUGAUAGAGCGGGCAAGGUUGGUUUUUGAUGCGAUGGUGGAGAGGGAUACCAAGGCAUGGAGUGCAAUGAUAGUUGGACUGGCGAUGCAUGGGCUUGCAGAGGAUGCGUUGGCAAUUUUCUCAAGAAUGCUCCAGCUUAAGAUUAGACCCAAUAAUGUCACCUUUAUAGGUGUGUUGUCAGCCUGUGCUCACAAUGGGUUAGUUGAUGAUGGGCAGCGAUAUUGGUCUACUAUGCAAGAAAUGGGAAUUAAAGCUUCAAUGGAGAACUAUGGUUGCAUGGUUGACCUUCUCUGCCGUUCUGGCCUUUUGGAUGAAGCUUAUUCAUUUGUUACAAGCAUUUGGAGGAAUCUUCUUGUGGCGAGUAAAAGUUCGAACAGAACUGAUAUAGUAGGAUUGGCUUCUAAAAAGCUCUUUGAGUUGGAACCUCAGAAUCCAGAGAACUAUGUUCUCCUCUCCAAUUUGUAUGCGUUGAACUCCCAGUGGGACAGAGUGAGGUAUAUGAGGAAAAAGAUGAAGGACAACAAUGUUACUGUCGUUGCUGGCUGUAGUUCAAUUGAAAUAAAUAGCUAUCUGCACAAAUUUGUGGUGAGUGAUGGUUCACACCCUGAAAUCAAGGAGAUAAGAGUGGUAUUGAGGGAAAUAGCUGACCGGGUUCUACGAUCUGGCCAUAAGCCUUGGACUGCGGCCGUUCUACAUGAUGUUGGUGAAGAGGAAAAAGAAAUUGCACUUUGUGAGCAUAGUGAAAGGUUAGCCAUCGCAUAUGGGUUGCUGAAGACAAAAGCACCUCAUGUCAUUCGGGUGGUAAAGAACUUGAGAUUUUGUCCGGAUUGCCAUGAAGUGUCAAAAAUAAUAAGUAAAUCAUAUGGCCGAGAAAUCAUUGUCAGGGACCGUGUUCGUUUCCAUAGAUUUAUUGGAGGAAGUUGUUCUUGCAAGGACUUUUGGUGAUUGCGUAACGCAUUGAAUCACUUAUAUCUGAUUAUCCAAAGCCCGGGAGAUGUGAUGCCUUAAAAGGAAAAUUGUUCGAGAAUUGAUGAAAGGGACUUGUGCAGAUCAUGGGGGUUCCAAUGUUACUGAAAUAAAUUUUACAUCAUCGAGGCUUACGGCCAGACCGUAGCACCCGAUCAGCUCCCUCAGCACCAAUCUUAUCUCCUUGGUUUCAUGGUGUGAACCAUCACUCAUUACAUAUAUCUGAUUAUACAAGGCCCUGGAGAUGUGAUGCCUUGAAAGGAAAAUUAUUCCAGGAGUGAUGAAAGGGACUUGCGCAGAUUACGGGGGUUCCAUUGUUACUAAACAUUUUUUACAUUCAUCGAGGGGCACCGUGAUGCUCAGUCCUACACCCUCCACAAUCCACAUGGUGUGCUCCCAGCCCCAGCAGGCAACAGGGUCCCAAAGGUCCAACACUGUGCAAGAGCGGGCUUGUUCAGGCUACCCAAGGUCGGCAUACCGGUGGAACAUGUCGUGUUUGCCAGGCAAAGGUGGCUGAGGAGCAUGUCGUCGUGGUCUGUCGUGUUUGCCAGUCAAAGGUGGUGGAGGAACAUGUCGUGAUCCAAAGCUCUCGUGCCGGCUGUUGACCGGAACUGGAAGCAACGAUCGUAAGUUCAUAACCAUAUUGCUUGGCUUUGACGGCACGAUUGAGCUUUUCGUGUCCAUGGAGACAGUCAGAGAUGGCAGCUUGGCGCAGCAAAAGAGCAGACGAGAACCGAAGCUAAGAAUACUGAAAUGUUGUGUAUUUCAUUUUACACUGGGGAAGUGGUUACAUCCACAGAUACAUUGUUACCAUUUGUUACCAUUUGUUACAUCCCUCCAUGUGUUACUUUACUAAAGUCAUUGUCUGAUCCAUGAAGGAAUCAGUUUUUUUUUGGCGGGGCAUGAGGGAAUC